ACAAACGUGAUAAAAUAAUUCUCAAGGGGAAUCUUCACAGGGCGGUUUCGACCUAAUUUGACUCCAGAUGCCGCCGCGCGCCCGUGACUCGAGCUGUCGCCGCACGCGAUUGCGUUUACGUUGAAAGGCGCACGUGCUGCUGCGCUUGGACGCAGUUUAAUUGGCGCGUAAUUACGCACGUCCGACCGGCGACGCUCCCCGGGAUUCCACCUUUCUCUGCGCUCGUAACUACACGCGUGUGCGUGUGUGCGGACGCGCGGGGCGUGGCCUCUCUGUGAAUUCGUUUCCCCUCGUCUGUUUUUUUUCCCCUCCUCGCGUUUUGCCGUUCACUUCAAAACUGCCGUCGCGGGGGAACUUGUGUGUCACUUUGCCUUCGCUUCACUUCCACAAGUCGGUCGCCGGUGAAACAGCCAGAGAGGAUGUACAGGCUCAAAAAGAUGGUUGAUUCUGACACGUGUGGAAUAUUUCUGGAUUACAUUAGAAAGACUUCUCCACUCCACUGGGACUAGGCGCAGUGUUGUACAGUACGUGACCCCUUUCCCCCCCGAGAACAACCUGCAGGUUUCGGUCCCUUGACACACUUUGCUGCGAUGUUUGCGUUCUACAUCGUGAUUGAAGUAGUAAUUGCUGUUCUCUCCAUAUCCGGCAACAUACUGGUUUGCUGGGCGGUUGCGAUCAACACCACUUUGAAGAACGCCACCAACUACUUCUUGGUGUCUCUGGCCGUGGCUGAUAUUCUGGUCGGUUGCCUCGCCAUCCCCUUUGCCAUCACCAUCAGUAUCGGCAUUCGCCUGGACUUUUACGGAUGCCUGUUUCUGGCCUGUUUCGUCCUGGUACUGACGCAGAGCUCCAUCUUCAGUCUUCUCGCCAUUGCAAUUGACAGAUAUCUGGCCGUGAAAAUCCCCCUGAGGUACAAGGAGUUGAUGACAGGAAAGACUGCCAGGGAGAUCAUCGCCAUUUUAUGGAUCCUCUCCUUCAUCAUCGGCCUCAUCCCCUUCUUCGGCUGGAACCUCAAAGGCUCCAGCUGUGCGAACGGCAGCUCCAACGCCACCGGCGCCCCGGCCCGGGGCGCGUGGAGCUGCCCGCUCCAGUGCUUCUUCGAGGUCGUGGUGGACAUGAACUACAUGGUCUACUUCAACUUCUUCGUGUGCGUGCUGCCGCCGCUGCUCAUCAUGCUGGGCAUCUACCUGAAGAUCUUCACCGUCGCCCGCAAGCAGCUGAGGCAGAUCGAGCUCAAGUGCGUGGGCAACGGCGACAGCCAGCACCACGGGCUGCUGCAGAAGGAGAUCCGGGCGGCCAAGUCGCUGUCCAUCAUCGUGGGCCUGUUCGCCGUGUGCUGGCUGCCCGUGCACAUCCUCAACUGCCUCACGCUCUUCUACUCGGAGCUGCGCAAGCCGGAGGCCGUCAUGUACGUGGCCAUCAUCCUGUCCCACGCCAACUCGGCGGUCAACCCCAUCAUCUACGCCUACCGCAUACAGGACUUCAGGAACACCUUCCGUAAGAUCCUGGCCCAGCACGUGCUGUGCCGCCGGGAGGAGCUGUACCUGGGCUCCGGCGGCAGCCGGCGCAACCGGGACCAGAUCCACAUGACCAUCGACCCGCUGCUCUAGACGGCGCCGGCCUCGGACUGAGCUCACGGAGGGGGCUAAUGUUUACAGAGACGCGAAGGCGAGCUGGUGGCGAAGUCGCCGUGAAUGUGGACGUUUAUUUAUGAAUAUCAGGGGUGGAGCGGUGAACUGAACGACGAGUCUUACACAACCUUUAUAUUGUGAAGGGUUUCCGAUUUCUAAAUCACGUUGAAACUAACUGGAUUCGUGGGACCGAACAAGCCACGCUUAAAUAAUUCAGCUCAUCAUCCUGCAUCCGACCUGUUACGGCUCCAAACACUCGUGCGUUGCAAUAUUUUCCAUUGUUGACAUUCAUUGCCAGUGUUUAAUAAUUUAUUUAUUACCAAACCUUAUCGCUGGGAAUGUAAAGGUCAUUCUCAGGCCUUUUGUGUAGCUCCACCUGUCCUUGUGAGGUACAAUAGUCUACAUACACACUCACAGCUCAGUGAUCAGUAGGACACAGUUCAAGAAGAUGCCUUAGAAGCAAAAACUGUUUUUCAUAUCACUGUUUAAACUGAGAGUUAACAAAUACACAUCGUACCUUUAUAUACCAGAACUGUUAUUAAACUGCUGCUUCACGAGUCGAAUCAAAGCAGACACAAGAAGGAAGAACGGCUUCUCCUCUCACGUCGGGGGUGUGUUUGUGGCUCAAGCCUCACGCCCAGAAACACUAGACACGCAGCGGUGCUUCGCCUCGUCUUCAUCUUCUGAGGACAUAAAAGCUCAGGAAGUGGGAAGUGAUCGUCCCCUUUAUCCCCCUGGCGCGCACACACACACACACACACACACACACACACACACACACAUAUGUACAGUGGCUCACAUCACAGCACCAGUGUUUCCUGUUAAGCUUGGGCAUCUGAAGAAUGACUCUACUUCGUCUGGAGUACUGUAAUGUACUGUAUGUGAAGGGGGAGGACGUUCACAUCACCUGAGAGCCGUCACUACACAGAUGAAACCCCAUUGCACUGAUAGUUUAGGUGAUUCCUUGUCGGUUGUGCUUCUUUGGUGUUUGAACCUUGUCUCGGUGUUUGGAGUGUUCCUGGUUUGAGCGCCUGUCUCCGUUUCUUCGCCGUCUCCCUCCAUCUGCUGUUUUGACCUCUGACUGACUCCAAGGGCUAAAAUACAGGAGUGUGCCAAUGUUUCAGUACAUUCCACUGGAGGCAUCCACACGUUCACUGCACUGUAACAUUGUACUAUUGUCUUUCUCGACUGACGUGUAAAAAUAAGUACUGUAGGUGUGGCUUUCUACAAGCUGUCGAUUGAUGUCAAACUAUUGCCUUCGUUCUCCAUUUUAAGGUAAGAUGGACGGCAACAAGUCGCUCUCUCUCAACAUUCCUGCCUUUCAUUCCGUAGAAUCUGUCGAUGUGCUACAGUGUCAUCACUAAUCAGGAGAAACGUUCACUGUGGUCGAGCUGAUGUUCAACCGUUGAAGAGGCCAGUGUUUCUCUAGUUCAACAAAACUAUAACAGCCACCUGAUACUUGCUAUUUAACAUGAUGCAACCUGUAAGUGUGGUGAAUUAUUUUGUUAAUAAAAGCAAUGUUUAUAUUGUUA